AUGUAUAAAGAGUUAACAACGAUCAAGGGCAGGGUGUUGCAUCAGAGUGGCGACCUGAUGUUGAUGCUAAAGUACAAUGCCACAGAGAUGUUCAUCAAGGCAUUCAAUGAAGUAGCCUCCAACUAUCCAAUCAAUACUACAUUGUUACGACAAGCUGCACUACGCAACAACAUACUAGUAUUCAAUCUUUUACUCAAACAUCCCAAUAUGAUCAUUGAUCAAAAGGUGUUCAGACUUGAAGAUGCAUGCCGACAUGGCAAUGUUGACAUACUACAAUCAUACAUCGCCGCCACAUCCUGCUUCUCAUCGAUGAGUGUCGACUUUGUUUCCUGCCUGCCCAUUGCAAUCACCCAUGGCGACCAACACUUUGUCCGAACCCUGCUCCAACAUCUAAAGACAAGAGGCUGCAUACCGCAGGAGCAAUAUGAUCUCGUGCCCUCAGACAACGAUCCCAACGAGGACCAAGACGUGUACAUCCAAAAGUCGAUCGAGAAUGCCGUGAAUCGCCUCGAGUACUUCAAGUUCAAGAGACGUAACAUCGAAGUAGGCGUGCUCAAGGUACUUCACGAGGAGUUUGGCUGCUUAUUUGUGUAUCGCCACAUUUGGGAACAAGUCCUAAAGCACUCAAUCAAGCGCAACCUAAUCGAAAAUAUCCAGUACAUCUUUGCCAACUUCCCUGACACCGGUGUCGCCACCAACAAGUUCAAAAGCUUCCUUGUAUAUUGCGCCAAGUAUGGAAGCAUUGACGCUUUCCUUGUGUUCAGUCAAACAUCCUUUGGUGCCGAAUACCUUAAGGAGAUAUUCAUCCAAGACUUUGUUGAAGAGGCAGUGUCAUACGGCAAGGAAGACUUUGUCUUGUACCUACACACACAUCACGUCGGCAAUGGCACACUCCAUAUGAACACUGAGGAUCAAAUAGUUGAGAGUUUGGAUGAGACUGGAUCCAAGAUUCACGUCUCCUAUUUGGCAGCUAUCCGCACUGAUGACCUGGUCAGUGCCGAACUACUCAUCACUCACAUCAAGAGUUUGAAUGAAAAUCUUUGCAACAGAAUGUCUGCAUCAAUGGCCACACUUAUCUCUAGACCACGAUCACCUCCACUCGUAUUUGAUCGCGAGUCACUGCUCAACAUGGUGUGGGCACCGGUGGAAGAUACCAACAUCACCGCCGACAUUGUCUGCAUGUUCAUUGAAAACUGCAAGAUCCAGGACGUACACUCUGUACAAGACUAUGCCUCGCGCUCAAUGGCAGUGGCUGCGGGCUACUCGGCUGCUGUGAUGAAGGCGCUACAUCGCAAGUUCAAUGUGCCCUAUGAGAUCAGUGGACAUUCAUUGACAUCAGCCAUGAAGCGUAGAUGUGGCGAGACUUUGGAGCUCUUGAAGAUGAGCCUUGAUCUGGACCAGCAGCAGGGAUCAAGUUUCAUUCAGAUAGCAACCAUUGAUGAGGUCAAGAUGAUGUUGGAGCACUCAAUCAAAGUCAGGCAGGACACAAGAUGCUGUAUAUGGGCGGCACAUAAUGCCUCUCCAGAGGUGUUUGAGUACAUCAUCAGUUUGUUCACAUUUGAAGAGAUUCAAUCUGAUCUCGAGAUAAUAGUCGAAGUUGCUUUGACCAAUGACCGGCCUGAUUAUAUCAUCGCACUUCAGAGACAGUUUGGACCACAGGUCCAGGACUUGGUAUCUACAUUUGGAUUAAGUCUUGGAACUUUGAAGAAUAUGGUCAAAGAGAAUGCUCAUCAUUCAAUGGAAUACCAUUUCAACUCAGAUAUAUUCAACAAUCUGUCCAAGUCACAUCGUUUGCGCGCUUUCCAUACUAUCCUCCAAAAAGCCUAUCAUGUCGGAGCAACACACUUGAUCAAACUAUGCAUCAAACACAUCCAACCACUCAGCCAAAGUGAUGAUAAUGGUGAUGAUCAUCUCAGAGAGGACUUGUCCAGUCUCAUACCUUUGGCGGCGCAACCACAUAGAUUGGCAUGUUCAAGUUGGAUGGAGGAAUUGGUCCACAAGGUGUUUGGUAAUAGGAAGCUUGGACCAUUGAUCAUGGAACACAUUGGAUAUAUUCACAUCUCCAUACAAGACAAAGUGAUCAAGGGUUCAAGAUUGUUGGACAAUCACAACCUUAGAGACUACAUCAAAUAUGGUGCUACGGAAUGGUUCCUCAAUGCAUACCAAUCUAUCCCAACGACGUAUCCAUUCAAUACAUCAUUGUUGACUGAAGCAUUCUCUCAAGGUGACACACGUGCUUUGAAUGCACUCAUUGCCAAUCCCAACAUGAGCACACGUGCUCGCAAUAACAUACAGAAUCUUGGAGACUUGUCAUCAUGUGCACAUCCACACUGGGAGCAGAUACUUGAGCAAUUCCUCAUGAUCAACUGGUUGACUGACAAACCCUGCUACUUCUCAGAUGAACUAGUGCCAUCAAUCAAUCAUCCAGCAUUCCUUCAAAGACUCAUUGAGACGAGUGUUAUAGAUCCCGAGAUGAUUAAUGAUAUUCAUAUAUUGGACAAUUUCCGUGACACCUGGCUGACCAAACCAUGGGCAUUGGAGAUGAUCACACUCUUGGAUGAUUAUAUGUUCAUGUCAAAUGAGUUGCUCUCAUACAUGUUGACCAUCGUCAUUGAUUACAACGUCACAUCAGUCUUUAGAUACAUUCUCAACAGACAUCAAGUUCAUCCAUUUCGAGAUGUAGUGGAGAUCAAUAAGAUUAUUCUAUUCGAACGAAUUAUCAACAGUGGAAGUUUGGAUAUGUUUAACAUGUUACUUUCAUCAUCACCACAUCCCGAUGAUGGUCAUUAUCAACUCCUCACUCUACUGUUUGAUUUUGCAGUAGCAGGUGGUCACUUGGUCAUUGUGAAGAGAAUGCAUCAACUCAUUGUAGAUCACAACAGUCAAUCUUCGAAGCAUGUAUUGAAUGCCGUAUCAACGUCAUUGGUCAAUGGACAUCUGGAGGUGUUCAACUUCCUAAUGAGUGAAUUGGAGUCAGAUCUGGCAGAUAACCAAUAUACUGGUUGUCUGACCGAUGCGAUAGCGACUGGUAACAAUGACUUCAUUGAAUACAUUGAGAGUAAUGCCUCGAAGUUCCCACCCUUUAACCGUAAGGCUGCAUUCUCAAAAGCGUUGGGGAUGGACAAUCUUAACAUGGCGAGGAAGAUGAAGCCAGAGCCGGGCACCAUGUUACAGGGGGAUAUGAUAAAACUAAUCGAUCGCAUUGGAGAACCUGGCAGCUUGGUGACAAUUGAUACGGUCCUCAAGUUUGGUAUCAACUUCAAACCAAACAAUUCACUAUUGACCUAUGUGUUGAAAAGACCUAUAUCAUUGAUCCAAUUGGUAAUCGAUCACUACACAACAUUCCCAUUGGACCUUGUUAUCACAAGAGAGGCUAUCAGGAAGGCGAUCGACCACUUUUCCAAAAGUUGUAUUAAGAAUGGCGAUGGUGAACCUAUCCAAUCAGUUGACCAUUUGUUCACACUGGCCAUCAAUAAUGACAAAGGUUACCUCAGUGUGGACAACUACAAGUCCAACUCAUUACAACUCAUCACCAACCAAGCCUGCAGGGAUGGCAACCUGAGCAAUCUCCGUUUGAUACAUCAAAGAUGUGUCACGCCUGCCCAGCUCCAGAGACAUAUCCCAACAAUGCCAAGCAUCCAAGUGGCAUUGAACAAUAACCAUCAUCAUUUGAUCAGUUAUAUGUUUGAAGGAGAUGGAGAUGGUUGUGGUGGCUGCUACACUCGAGCAGGUAUCGAUCAAAAUUGUAUCAACAAACUUCUCAACUUAGUUCGUCAUCAUGCUUAUGAGGUUGGAAGCGUGAGGACCAUUGACAUGUGCAAUCGAAUCAUGGUGGACGUCCAAGUAUGA